AUUUUUUUAUGCAAUGACUAUAUUGACUGUUAUUUAUACAUACCAAUUCGAUAACUUUGACAUCUACUGGGAACAAUUUUUAAAAGUGGAGCCAACGCUGCAAAGUGAUAUAGGCCUGCGGCGCUACCAGACCAAGGAUCUUUUUUUACAUUUGCUUAUUCCCACAUUGACAGUUAUUUUCACGGUUGUUCAGCUACAUUAUUUUCACCGGCGUUUUAUGGAGACAGUGCGACGUCCAAGACCUACUGAAGAAAAGAAUCUUGAUUCCUUUUCGGCAUUUAAUAGAAAUACUCAAGCGAAAGCAUUAGAUACACAUAAGCAGUCAUGGAAAAUAUUUUUUUGUGCUGGCUACGAAAAAAUACGCACUAAAAGUCGACGAUUGUUUACACCAGGGAAACUUAUCGCUUGGGGAUUUUUGGAAAUGCAUAUGAUCAAGGCAGUUAUUCUGGCCUGCUUUUGUUGUGCGAUAUCUGAAAUUUGUUUAUUAAAUUUAUUUUUGGUACUCUUUUCUUUAUUUAGCGUAAGCGUAAAUCGAUUCCUAAGGAGGGUUAUUUUUAGAGCAAAAAACUUGACCGUCAAUUUUGCGGAAUGGAUGGGUUUACGGAAAACUGGAAAAGUGUUUGGUGUUCACUUACGCUAUAUAUCUCCGUAUAUUGUUUAUAUGAUUAUUACAUCAUUGCAUGCAGUUGUUAAGCUACGCGACCAUUUAAUAAGAUACUCUAUGUAUGAGCAAAAGCACAGGAAAGUUUUGUUUCCAAACAUAACGAGACGAGACGCCGAACGUGAUUUCCCAGGACUAUUCAAGUAUCUAAUAAAUUAUGGUUUUUUUAAAUUUGGGUUUGAAAUAACUCUGAUUGGACUCGUAUCAACGAUAGCUCAUAGACGCGAUUUGCUAGCGUUAACCUAUGUAAUAUGGCUAAUUUUACUGUUGUUUCUGAGUCGAGUUCAGUGUUCACAAAUUUGGGAGAUUUUUCAACUUUAUUUUGUUUUAUCCAUUUUUAUGCAAUAUUUAUAUCUUCUAAAUUUCCCUCCUAAUAUUUGCGAUAUUUCUCUCUGGGGUGCGACUGUUGAUUCCAACAAACACAUUUUUAAGACAAAUGUUAUGAUAGAUUUUAUAAUUCUCUUGCUUAUUUCACGACAGCGAAAAUCAUUCAAAGCAGAAAUGAGGCAUAUUAAAGAUUUAUCCUACCCUGGUGGCGAUAAUAUGAACGUUGUUUAUAAUAUAUCUAAGCUUGGCCACGCCUACUUUGAAAAUCCUACUCACGAUUUCUGUUCUUACGUUCGAAACUACGCUGAUGUUUUCAAAACUGCAAUAUUUUGCUGUUUUUUUUGGAUUACACUUGCUAUAGUAUUUAUGGGAGGAGUUUGCAGUAUGGAUAUUCUUUCAUUGGGCUAUAUAAUAUUUGCGUUGGUUUUUUUAUUACAGGGCUCCGAAAUCUACUUACAAAAUAUUCAUUACAUUAUUUGCCGUUGGAACUGCCUUAUUGCUUUUAAUAUUUUAAAUAUUAUUGUAAAAGUUGUUAUAAUUAUACUUGAAGACCUGGUAUUUACUGUUAAAGAGCCGAUGUUAAGUGCUAUUUUAAAUGUAAUGCACCAAAGAGCAUUAAUUGAAACGGAAAAUGGUAAAAAAGUAAAAGAUAUUAAUGACUUUUCAAGGAAUUAUUACUAUGGACCAAGCAAUAUGAUUUUCAACAAUACAUUAGUCUGGCAUGCUAUUAUUUUUUCUUUUGUUAUUUUUCAACAUCGAAUUUUCCAUUCAUAUUAUUUUUGCCACGUUAUCAUGGAUACGCACGCAAACUCAAUUUUGGCUUCCAGCACUACUCACUCAGACAGAUUUAUGGUCAAGCUCGGGGCGGAGAUUCGAUGGAGUCCUCGGCGAUGUUGGAGCGGGGCCUCCUUCGAUGGUGAUGGUUCCACUCGCGUAGAUCACGAAGGGCGGCGCGGGGCCUGCCACGUGUUGGGGCGCGCGGCGUGUAUUCGCGGCGGGGUUGCGAUGUGCGAGGUGUGCCAGGUGCGCGAGGUGUGCGGGGUGUGCGAAGCGUGCGAGGUGUGCGAGGUGUGA